UAUGAUGUCAUUAAAUGUGUUUUAUUUUUAUAUGAUUACUGCUUUUCAAUUCCCAACAGAUUAAGGUGAUCAAUGUAAUUUAAUUUUUUAAGAAAAGUUCUUUAGUGAAGAAGGAAAAAUACGUAUAAUAAGUUAUUGGUUGGACCAUAAUGAGUUACAUGCAUUUAAUAUGAGAAUUUUGGAUUCUCGGAUUAAAGAAAUACGUCUACAUUUUGAAGGAUGUGCAUUUUUUCAGUAUGUAUAAUUAUAAAGUAUGACUUCUGGAUAAGAAGUGUUUAAUUCAUGGCAAUCAUGGUGACUUUUCUGAAUUAUGGAAAAUACAUUUUAUGAAAUAUAAUAUAAUUCUUAAAGUUAGGAAACUAAACUUGUGUAUAAAAAGAAACAUGUUAUUACCUACAGUCGUAUGUUUAUUGCGAAAGAUUCAUAUCCUUAUCAUCUGCAAAUUUAAAUGCCACAAUUCCUAAUUAUUAUAUACACUUAAAAAUAUGACACUAUAAGUUUUAAUAUUUGAUAUUUAAAAUCUAUGUAAUAAAAUGCAGUCGAUGUUAAUAUGUUACACAAGAUGAAAUUUGUUACUGUUAGUCCAUCGGGUUUGUCGUUUCAUGGUUUUAGCUGUGUUGUCAUAUUUGCAGGAAGAGCAGUGAAGCAGUUCCUGUGCGGCUGCGGCAGGAGUUACAAGCACAAGCACCAUCUCGUGCAGCACCUGCGCUACGAGUGCGGCACCGAGCCGGCCUUCCCUUGUCCGUACUGCAGUUUCCGAACCCGCCGCAAGGGCAACCUGAAGAGCCACUUGUUAUUCAAGCACAAGCAGACAGGAGGAGGAGGUUCGAGGCGGUUCUAAGCGAGGACGGCAGCGAGACGUUCCGGUGUGACGGCUGCGAGCGGAGAUACCGCCACCAGUCCACGCUCUACAACCAUCUCCGCUACGAGUGCGGCAAGUUGCCGUCGUUCUUCUGCGAUUUCUGUCCGUACAAGGCGAAAAGAAGAACUCACUUGAAAACUCAUGUUUUAUUGAAACACAAAGAAGCUUUGCAACUCUGAACAAAUAAAAGCAGCGAUGUCCCUGGACGGUGGCUCUGAACUCUGACGGAACUCCCGUGUUCAAGUGCAGGGGCUGCGCGAGGACGUACAAGCACCAGUCGACGCUCGCCAACCACCUCAAGUGGGAGUGCGGGAAAGCUCCGGGCUUCUUCUGUAACUUCUGCCCGUACAAGGCGAAGAGGAAAGCGCACCUCAGGUCUCACGUAAAGUCCAAACACAGAAUAAACCUUAUCGAACUGAGAAAUCGUCCUGAGAGCUACUUAUAGUAGAGUGUGGUGUCCACAGCCUCACAGUGUGUGCCUUACUGUUGUUACACCUCAGGUCUCACGUCAAGUCUAAACACAGAAUAAACCUUGUCGAACUGAGAACUCGCCCAGAGAGCUACUUAUAGUAGAGUGUGGUGUCCACAGCCUCACAGUAUGUGCCUUACUGUUGUUACACUUCAGGUCUCACGUCAAGUCCAAACACAGAAUAAACCUUGUCGAACUGAGAAAUCGUCCUGAGAGAUACUUAUAGUAGAGUGUGGUGUCCACAGCCUCACAGUGUGUGCCUUACUGUUGUUACACCUCAGGUCUCACGUCAAGUCCAAACACAGAAUAAACCUUAUCGAACUGAGAAAUCGUCCUGAGAGCUACUUAUAGUAGAGUGUGGUGUCCACAGCCUCACAGUGUGUGCCUUACUGUUGUUACACUUCAGGUCUCACGUCAAGUCCAAACACAGAAUAAACCUUGUCGAACUGAGAAAUCGUCCUGAGAGCUACUUAUAGUAGAGUGUGGUGUCCACAGCCUCACAGUGUGUGCCUUACUGUUGUUACACCUCAGGUCUCACGUCAAGUCUAAACACAGAAUAAACCUGGUCGAACUGAGAACUCGCCCAGAGAGCUACUUAUAGUAGAGUGUGGUGUCCACAGCCUCACAGUAUGUGCCUUACUGUUGUUACACCUCAGGUCUCACGUCAAGUCCAAACAUAGAAUAAACCUU